AUGCUUGCUCAGAUCAGGUGGACCAAAACAGCAGGAAGUGCCUCUGACCGGUUUCAAGACUCCAGCGUCUUCAACGAGACGUUGAGGAUCGCCAACAUCCAGCGACAUCAAGGGGGCCGCUAUUACUGCAAGGCGGAGAAUGGUUUGGGCUCGCCAGCCAUCAAAUCGAUCAGGGUCGACGUGUACUGUAAGUACCUGCUUCUGGAAGCCCUUUUCUCUGUUGUGGUUGAGCGUCAAAGUGCCAUGGCUGGGAGCCUGGAGGGAAGAGAGGGGUUGACCAGGCAGGUGGCCGGCAGAGGUUGCUAG